UCAGCUGUCAAACGCGUUCUGGGGGAUGGCUGUGUCCCUUCGCAUUUCGCUUCAGCUCAGUGCGUAAAGUAAAACAGUCCAAAAAAGUACAGGCAGUGCGUCGAAUCGCAUCGCGCGUGUGUGUGUGUAUGCUCCUCGUGCUCCGUGCAGCGUGAAACGGUGAAUGCGUGAAGGUGUGACGUGUAACAAAAACAAAACAAACGAACAACGCACCCCUUUGCAUCCCUUCACCACGGUACACCAUCCCACCCUACCGUCCCGCUACAACCCGUACCGUGCGUGCGUAUUUUUAACAAUCGAUUGCGAACGGUCUUUGGUUGCUUCGGUCACCAUUCCGGUCCUGGGGUCCUUGUCCUUGUCGAGCUCGAAGGUCUGUGUCCCGGGUUAUCCUUCGCGCAAAGGGGCAGCAUUUCGGGCUGGUGAGCUAGUACGUCGGAUGCUGGAAUGCAUAAAAACACGCACAGCCAGCUCCCAGGAGAACCAUAGGCAGCAAUAAACGGGGCAAAAUCUAAAAAAAAAAGGACCCACACGGAACGAACCAGCUCCAGCCGAAAAACCAGAUGAUUGCGGGCUGCUGCACCGUGUGAACCGGAGCGCGGAAAGCCUGGGGUGGUAGGGGUUGACGAACGGUGGUGGGCAACGACAUUUUACGCAACGAGCUCUACGCACGCAAAACGUACCCCAAAACGCACCGAGGGAAACCACGGCCCAUCCUCUUUCGGCUUGUACGCCCAGCAUCCAGCAACCGAACCGAACGACGCAAAUUUCAAUCAAUCCCAGAGGUCGGGCAGGUCCAUCGAACCACUCUCGUGUGCGUGUGUGUGUCGUCGUUUGUCUAUUUUGCCACCUAACAACGUGAAACAUGGUAGACAGUAUGUCGCAGGAUGUUGAGUCCUUUGAGAUGCUUAAAGCACUGUACGACUUCACCGCCGUUUAUCCGAAGACGAUCAGCUUCGACGAGGGCGAAUACUUUAUACUGCAUCAAACGAGCGCCCGCCAACGGAACUGGUGGCAGGUCGUCAGCAUGAAGGGUAACAUCGGUUUCGUCCCGUCCAACUACGUGAUGAAGCUAAAGGUGAAUCCACUCUUUCUAAAUGGUUUCCUGGAAUCAAGCAUAGAAUCAUUGCGCCUUUCGACGGAGAAGGAAAUAAAUGGCAUCAUUGGCCGGGAGGAGCUGAUCAGCCGGUUGGUCGAGAAAAAGCGGAUGCUGGAAAAAAUGCUAAAAUAUGAACUGUCGGAUAGUGAGUCCGAACCGCCCUCACCGAUCAAAAUGAGCAACGGGCACAUCAAACAGCACGAUGGUUCCAGCGGUUACAGUGGAGAUCGGAAUGCCCAGCUGAAGAAUGGUCCACAGCGCCAGUCACCACCCGCCCCAUCCGAUCAUCAGCACCAAUCAACAGCGGGCGUACAGACGGCCAAAAAAUCAAAGUCUAGCCCUGCGGUCGCCCAGGCCGCCGUGCCACCGCAAUUCAUCCAGGAAAGUCCCAGCACGGGCAUACUGGCGACCAAGCAUUCCCAGCCAGAUGAACCCCAGACGCCGGUUGCCACCAGCAGUUCUGCCCAGGAACCGAGCAGCACCCUGUCGGAGCUGUCCUCCGUGUCGUCCGAGCAGACGGAACCGACGAGCAACAAUACUGCCACGACCGGUACGCUUACCACGACGAGCGAUGAGAUAACGGCCAUCUCGCGGAUCGAUGACCGGGCCCAGCCGGGCGAAGAGCCGGCAUCCUCGUCCGUGCCAACCGAGGCCGAAAAUCAAACCGAUCACGAGCUGAACGAGUUGGAAACGACCAACAACGAUGAUGUGACGGAAAGCGAAAAUGAACCGCAACCGUGCUCGGUCAAGGAACCGCACGGUGGCCCCGCUGCCGAUGGCGAUGAAAGCGGUGCGAUGAAUGGGAUGGAUGGGGGUGCCGGCGUGCCACCGCCGGGUGAUGACGGUACGUUGGCAAGCGAUACGGAGCGUGAAGCAGGCUCGGGAGCCGAGUGUGGGGAAAGUAGUGUAGCGACGGGGGAGGAGGUAGAGCCGGCGGAAGAUCUCGCCAAACAGCCGCCGGCAAAGGUGGAAGCGUCGGAGGUGUAUCAGAUCGUGGACGCCAUACGGAAGAGUACGAACCUUAGCCACGAACUGUCGUGCGUCGCGUUGCGUGUGGUGUUGAGCGAGCUGGAGGUGCUGCUACCGCCGGCCGUUGUGCGCCAUCUCGAACCGGUUGCGGUCCAUCUGGCGGCACCGUUCGAUGUGUCCGAUGCGCUGCUGGGCAAAACGCACGACGCUCACCGGUUGCGAUUGAUCUUUGCCGAACUGUCCGACUGCAAGAACGAUGCGGAGCAGCGCACCUGGAUGCUGCACGAGGAUGAGGCCGACAUUAGCCAGUACUUGACCGAGCUGAUCCGCAUUCUUACCGAUGCGGAUCCGAAGAUCUGUCGCAGUGAGAUGGCGUGCGAUCAGUACCAGAGCAUCAUCAAUCUCGUGCUGUACUACCAGAUGGAAACGCGCUGGUCCAUUCGGAAGCUGCUGCUGGCAGCGUUUAGGGCCAUGUGCCAUCUGGACUACACGACGGUGGACAUUCUGCUUGGGUCGGUAUUGCCACUCGAGCUGGUGCAGGAUAUGGUGUCGAAUCCGCGCAAUAUCGAGAAGCUGCAGGAGCUGGCCAAUAUGCUUAUCAUCAUCUUUUCGAUCGGCCGCCGAAUGCCAAUCAAUCAACAAGAUCAUUUGCGCGCCGAUUUCAUCAUCUUUCUGCUAAAUAUAAUCGAAACACCGCCAGAAAACGACGUCCAGGAGAUGCUGCCCGACAUCAUGAUCAACCUGAUACUGUCGUUUAACCUUCAGUUUGAAAACUUCGCCGAAAACGUUGUGCUUGAAGCGAUGGAACAGUUCAAGACGGCCAAAACGUUCACCGAAAAGAUAUUGCUUUUGAUAAAUCGUGAAGAGGAUCCGGUACACACCUUAAAGCAUACGCCGAUGAACAUUAAUCCGGUGCUGAAAAUGCUUGUCGAUCUGUUUAGCCGACCGGAGACGGCAUCCAUUUUCUACACGAACGAUAACAAGGUGCUGAUUGACAUUUUGGUACGGCAGCUGUCCGAUCUGUCUGCAGGCGAACCGAUUCGUAAAUGGUACCUCGAGCUGUGCAGAAAGAUCCUGCGCAACACCAACUACCCGGAACACCAGCACCGGAAGCAGGAUCUGAUGAAGAUCUUCACCCGCAUCUUCUGCGAAGAGACAGAGUGCAGUGCCAGCGAUCAGCAGAUCGUGCGCGAAAUAGCUAACGAAUUUCCACAAAUUUUCAAAGCAUGAGCUGCCGUUCCGUUUACUGUCUGUCGGCCAAGAGGGGUCUACGAUUGCUCGUUUCGCGGACCUGUGUGUCCGCCGUAUUUUUACGGUUAAGCUAAACAUUGUUCGAAUGCGUACCACGUACAAAGUAAGGAAAUUGCGCAUUGAAACUGUUUGUUUGGAAGGGCUUUCGAUGCAAUUCGUAACCCUUCUUGUUAUGCUAGUCACAACUGCGUCCUUUCGCGUCCGACCGCUCUGGGUCGUGGGGUUGCCUCUGUGACAUACUGUUACAGUGUUGAGAAGAAAACAUCCAGUGAAAAGAAUAGAGCUGUUUAAAAGAAUGUCGUUAAUAGUCGUUAAAAUGCUUACAGAAGUCGUAUUUGUUUUCUUUUUUACUGCGCAUUUUUAACCAAGAGCACUAGUGUUCUUAAACACACAACUAUUCGAAGCCAAAAACAAAGCAAAAGCAAAAAAAAAACAA